UAAAAGCAACCUCCCAAACCUUCCAAUCCUGGAGUUUCUCUUUAAUUUCCACUGUUGAUUCUGAAUUUGCAUUAUGAAAUGGAGAUCAAUCUUCAUGGGCAUUAAUUCUCACUAAUGACCAGUUCAAUAGGAUUGCGAUUCUGACUGGAAAUCUGGAAAAUAGAGUGGCCUUUGUCAGGCUGGCUUUGGUCUUUGCCACGGCCAGCUCUUUCUCUGCUGUGAAAUUUGGUCUCUUCUUUGAUCAACAGUUUCACUUUCGAGAUUGCAGCAAACCUGCUACACUUCCCUGGUGAAAACGACUGGAUUUGGAUAAAUGAAAAAAGGAAUGGUCAACUGUCAUCAGAAUAAGUGAAGAUACUGCAAGACUUAUCUCCUUUAAUCUUCAUAACAACCUAUGAAGGAGUUACUUUAUCUCUACUUACAAGAAGAGGAAACAGUCCUGAGAAAUGAAUUAACCUGUCAGAGGUUACAAAGUAGAGGAUCCAGGAUCGGAACUCAGAGGGGCAGAAUCAUGAGUUGGAAUCUGCUUUAUCACAUCUCCUGCUUUUGGGUACUCUUGCCCUUUUGGAUACUGUGUACAUCUUCUACCAACAAAUGUGCUGUGAGGCAUGAAGUAGCUGAUUGCAGUCAUCUGAAGUUGACUCAAAUACCUGAUGACCUCCCGGCAAACAUAACAGUGUUGAAUCUUACCCAUAAUCAACUCAGAAAAUUACCACCUGCCAAUUUUACAAGAUACAGCCAAAUUACUAUCUUGGAUGGAGGAUUUAACUCCAUCUCAAAACUGGAGCCAGAAUUGUGCCAAAAACUCCCCUUGUUGGAAAUUUUGAACCUCCAACACAAUGAGCUAUCUCAACUUUCUGAUAAAACCUUUGUCUUCUGUAUGAAUUUGUCUGAACUCCAUCUAAUGUCCAACUCAAUCCAGAAAGUUCAAAAUAAUCCCUUUAAAAGCCUGAAGAAUUUAAUCAAAUUAGACCUAUCUCAUAAUGGUUUAUCAACUACUAAAUUAGGAACUCAGCUCCAACUGGAAAAUCUCCAAGAGCUUCUAUUAUCAAAUAAUAAAAUUCAUGUACUAAGACGUGAAGACUUUGAUUUCCUUGGCAAUUCUUCCUUAAAAAAAUUAGAGUUGUCAUCAAAUCAAAUUAAAGAGUUCUCUCCAGGGUGUUUCCAUGCAAUUGGAAAAAUAUUUGGGCUCUCUCUGAACAAUGCCCAGUUGGGCCCCAGUCUCACAGAGAAGCUUUGUUUGGAAUUAUCCAACACAAGAAUUCAGAGUCUAUCCCUGAGCAACAGCCAGCUAUCCAAAACAAGCAAUAUGACUUUUAUUGGACUAAAGCAGACAAAUCUCACCAUGCUUGAUCUUUCAUAUAACAGCAUAAAUGUGAUUGGUAAUGAUUCCUUUGCUUGGCUUCCAGAUUUAGAAUAUUUCUUCCUGGAGUACAAUAAUAUAGACCAUUUGUUUUCUCGCUCCUUUUAUGGGCUUUUCAAUGUGAGAUACCUGAAUUUGAGACGAUCUUUUACCAAACAAAGCAUUUCCCUUUCUUCGCUUCCCAAGAUUGAUGACUUUUCCUUUCAAUGGCUAAAAUGUUUGGAAUAUCUUAACAUGGACGAUAACAACUUUCCAGCCUUAAAAAGCAAUAUGUUCACAGGUCUAAUAAAGCUGAAAUACUUAAGUCUAUCCAACUCCUUCUCAAGUUUGCGAACUUUAACAAAUGAAACAUUUGUGUCACUUGCUCAUUCUCCUUUACUUAUACUCAACCUAACCAAAAAUAAAAUAUCAAAAAUAGAGAGUGGAGCUUUUUCUUGGUUGGGCCAUCUUAAGGUACUUGACCUUGGCCUUAAUGAAAUUGGGCAAGAGCUCACAGGUGACGAAUGGACAGGCCUAGAAAAAAUCAGUGAAAUUUACCUUUCCUACAACAAAUACCUACAACUGACUAGCAAUUCUUUUGCCUUGGUUCCAAGCCUUCAACAACUGAUGCUCCGAAGGGUGGCCCUUAAAAACGUGGAUAUUUCCCCUUCACCUUUUCACUCUCUUCAUAACUUAACCAUUCUGGAUCUAAGCAACAACAACAUAGCCAACAUAAAUGAUGAACUGUUGGAGGGUCUUUUGAAACUAGAAAUUCUGGAUUUGCAGCAUAACAACUUAGCUCGGCUCUGGAAACAUGCAAACCCUGGUGGUCCUGUUCAUUUUCUAAAGGGUCUUUCUCACCUUCACGUCCUUAACUUAGAGUCCAAUGGCUUUGAUGAGAUCCCCGCAGAGGCCUUCAAGGACUUACUUGAAUUAAAGAGCAUCGAUUUAGGAUUGAAUAAUUUAAACAUACUUCCACCGUCUGUCUUUGAUAAUCAGGUAUCUCUAAAGUCAUUGAGCCUUCAGAAGAAUCUCAUAACAUCAGUUGAGAAGAAUGUUUUUGGGCCAGCUUUCCAGAACCUGAGUACUUUAGAUAUGCGCUUUAAUCCAUUUGAUUGUACAUGUGAAAGCAUUGCCUGGUUUGUUAACUGGAUUAAUAGUACCCAUACCAACAUCUCUGAGCUAUCAAGCCAUUACCUCUGUAAUACUCCGCCUCAAUAUCAUGGUUUACCAGUGAUGCUUUUUGAUAUAUCACCCUGCAAAGACAGUGCCCCCUUUGAACUCCUUUUCAUGAUAAAUACUAGUAUCUUAUUGAUUUUUGUCUUUAUUGUACUACUCAUCCAUUUUGAAGGCUGGAGGAUAUCUUUUUAUUGGAAUGUUUCAGUGCAUCGAGUUCUUGGUUUCAAAGAAAUAGACAGACAGCCCGAGCAGUUUGAAUAUGCAGCAUACAUAAUUCAUGCCUAUAAAGAUAGGGAUUGGGUCUGGGAACACUUCUGCCCAAUGGAAGAAAAAGAUCAAACUCUCAAAUUUUGUCUGGAAGAAAGGGACUUUCAGGCAGGUGUUCUUGAACUUGAAGCAAUUGUUAAUAGCAUCAAAAGGAGCAGAAAAAUUAUUUUUGUUAUAACACAGCAUCUUUUAAAAGAUCCAUUGUGCAAAAGAUUCAAGGUGCACCACGCCGUUCAGCAAGCUAUUGAACAAAAUCUAGAUUCCAUUAUUUUGAUCUUUCUUGAGGAGAUUCCAGAUUAUAAGCUGAAUCAUGCACUCUGCUUGCGAAGAGGAAUGUUUAAAUCUCACUGCAUCUUGAACUGGCCAGUUCAGAAAGAACGAAUAAAUGCCUUCCAUCAUAAAUUGCAAGUGGCACUUGGAUCCAGAAAUUCAGUACAUUAAAUUUAUUAAAAAAUGAAAUUAAUAAAGGAAUAACUUUCCUAAUUUAAAAGUUUCAUGGUAAAUUUAAGUUUUACUUGAAAAUAAUGUAAAUCUGUUUACUCAUAUUUAUAGGUGAGAGUAUUAGAUCGCAAUUAUCUCUCUUCUGUAGAAAUAUAUCUCUUUAUUUCAGGCCUUUUAUUACCAAUUGACUUAAUUUGACCCAAAAUAAACAUAGAGGACUAUCCUCUACUAAUGAAUAUACACAAUUGGUUUUGGAGGCCAACGACAAGUUAAGAAAGUUUAACUAUAUUCCUCAUUUACGUAAAGUUAGAGUUUUGUAAGCAUUUGUGAAAGUUGUAUUUGGGUUGUUUUGGAUGAACUCAUAAUAGAAUAAAAAUAAUUGUUUUAAUGGGAAUAAUGCUAUUUCAAUUGUAAAAGAGUAAAAUAUGUACCCAUGUUUUUGAAAGUUUAACUACAGUAGUUUUUCAAUUGAGAAGUUUGUAUUUUAGUGGUGCCUAUCCCAAUGUUUAUUUUGUUAAAUACCAUUUUAAUAUACAGAUAAAAGGGUAGAAAACAUUAGUGAUUCAUUUUGAUUAUUUAAGAAAAUAAAUAGUUUAAUAAAUACUUAUAUUAUCUUGAUAUUUGGAUUUUUGCUAUAGGAGGUGUUAGAAGAAACAAUUUUCUUACUUAGAAGUGUUGCAGAAAGGCUUGCUUCCUAAAGGUUAAUCAGUAAAUUGGCUUUGUGGAAUUAAAAUAUUGUCCUCCCCUGGUCACAGGUUCAGGAGGUGGCCCUGGCCAAAUCACUUGGUCCCACUGGGAUUCUUUGACUCAUGAUCUGGAAAAUUAUGAUGACAAACAAAAUCUUAAAGAUCUCAUAUAAUUAGUGAUGAUGGAAUAUAUUAUUGUACCACAAAAUAAUAUGCUAUCUGUAAAUUAGUCCUUAUGAUUAUUUUGUUUUAUUUUUGUUUUACAAUAAAAAGUCUAAUUAUUGGAAAUAGA